AUGUCGGACCAAGAACCCACCGGAUUGAAGGCGGACAAGGGCAUUGAGCUGCUCACUUUUGGCACGCCUAAUGGAUGGAAAGCUAGCAUUCUGCUAGAGGAGCUAAAGGAUGCCUAUGGCAAAGACUACACAUGGCAGUCCAUCAACAUCAGCAAGAACACACAGAAAGAGCCCUGGUUCACCAAGCUCGGCCCCAAUGGCCGAAUUCCUGUAAUUGUCGACCACGACCAGGGUGGCUUCGCCGUCCAGGAGGGUCUCGCAAUUCUUGCAUACCUGACGCGCCACUACGACCCCGAGCACAAGUUCAGCUUCUCCGAUCCUCUCGAUAUCUCGCGCGCAGAGCAAUGGAUGGCCUGGCAACACGGUGGCCUGGGCCCGAUGCAGGGCCAGGCCAACCACUUCAACCGUUUCGCAAAGGAGCGCAUCGCCUACGGCAUGCAGCGUUACACAGGCGAGACUGAACGUCUUGCCGGCGUGCUUGACACGGCUCUGGCCAAGUCCGACUAUCUCGUAGGCAACAAGUUCAGCAUUGCGGACAUUGCCAGCUUUGGUUGGGUCCACAUGCUUCGCAUCUCUGGUGUAGACCUGGAGUCAUUCCCCAACCUGAAGAAGUGGUGGGAGCGCAUACUUGCACGGCCUGCAGUUCAACGCGGCUUGGAGAUUCCGAGCAAGAGCGGAUUCGGAAACGACACCUAUAUACAGAAGAUGAAGGACGACCCUGAGUUUGCGGAGAAGGAGCACAAGCUUGCGGAGCAGAUCAAGGCUGCCAAGGAGCAAUAUGGCUACAAGUAUUCCAGCCCUUGA